UGGGGGACUAGGCUUUACACUUUGUAAACUCUGCUGCUCCUGGUGGUGGCCAAUGAUGUUCACUGAGUCUACGGCGGAUGACAGAGUGUCCCUCCGUGUGCAUUCCUGCGAGGGACUGUGGAGACUGGAGCUGGGCAGGAGGGACUGAGGGGUAGGGGCAGAGUUGGCAGAGCAGGUCCCUGUCUCUGUGUGGCUCUCACCGGAAUCCCUGUUGUCUCGGCAUAGCUGAGGAGCGCUGGGCACCUGAGUGGUAGAUGUGGCAUCAGCGGUGUCUCCUAGUGGUGUGAGCCCCCUGCGAGUGUAGAUCUGGGAAAUGGGCUCCAGAGCCUGGUCUUGAGGAGAAGGCCGGCUGGGCGGAGCUAAAAGGAGGAGGAGGCCAGGCUUCUGAGGGGUCUGAAAGUGUGUUGCAGAGCAGGAAAAGAGCACAGCCCUAGGUAGCAACGCCCCGCGCGCGGGCGCCUUCUUUUCAGGUUUGACAGCCCUGCUCGCGGUCUGCAAGUCUGCUGGCCCUGCAAGUCUGCUGGCCUCGCUGUGCGGAGUGGGAAUAUCCCGCGUCAGCCAGGCGGCCCUGGCCUGCUCUCCGCUCCCUGAAUCCUCGCGAGGACCGCAGGGCUGUGGCCGAAAGACGGUGACUUGGACCUAGUGAAAGGAUUCUGCUCUUUAGCCCCCGCUAUGGACUCCACAGCAUCAGAGAGAUACCCAGGAGAAAAGAGAAGAACCAGUUUAUUCCUGAAAGCCAGGCCCCAGAGGGAAAGAGGAACAUAAGCACUUUGGUUCAUCAAGCUCCUGCUCAGAAGUGGCUAUGUUGCUUCUGCUGAAAAUCCACUAGCUGAAGCCAGUCAUGUGGCCAAGCUUAAUGUCAAUAAAGUGGAAAGCCUGCUAGAGUGAGAGCCCAAAAGGAAGAGCAGUGAUUCCUUUAAACAAAUAGGACCUGAUGACAUUUGAGGAUGUGACUGUGGAAUUUACCCAGUGGGAGUGGGGGCAGCUGGACCUUGCUCAAAAGAACCUGUACAGGGAGGUGAUGCUGGAGAACUUCAGGAACCUGGCCUCCCUGGGGCUUCCAUUAUCCAAACCAUAUGUGAUCUGCCAGUUGGAGGAAGGGCAAGAACCCUGCAUGUUGGAGAAAGAAAUCUCAGUAGGUACCCAGUCAGACUUAGAGAGGAGGCCUAAAGUCAAGGGAUCAAUGCCAAGUCAGGGAAUUUCCGAAGAAGAAUUACUCCAGGUAGUAUCAGUGGAGAACCACAUUCACAAUGAAUUAUGGUCCUCCAAACUGAAAACAACAUGUGGUUGUGAUGACCAGUUAGAGAUGCAGCAGAUAAAACAGGACAGAUACCUGAAAAAAAUAUCAGCCACUCACAGAUCUUCUACCAUCCUUGGGAGAGAUGAAUGGAGUAAAUUUGGGAGACGUUUAGGCUUAAGAUCAGUCCUUGCUAACCAACACAGUGUUUCCAUGGGAAAAGGAUCCUAUAAAUGUGAUGCUGAAUUUAUACAGACUUCAGAGGAUAAUAACUCUCAGAGAACCCAUCCAGAGAAAAAAUCUUGUAAAUGUAAUGAAUGUGGGAAGUCCUUCCAUUUCCAAUCAGAACUUCGGCGCCAUCAGCGAUGUCACACUGGAGAAAAGCCCUAUGAAUGUAAUGAAUGUGGAAGAGCUUUUGGUCACAUUUCAUCCCUUAUUAAACAUCAGAGAACUCAUACUGGAGAAAAGCCCUAUGAAUGCAGUGAAUGUGGGAGAGCCUUCAGCCAGAGUUCAUCUCUUGUUCUACAUUAUAGAUUUCACACUGGAGAGAAACCCUACAGAUGUAAUGAAUGUGGACGAGCCUUUGGUCAUACUUCAUCCCUUACUAAACAUCAGAGAACUCAUACUGGAGAAAAGCCCUAUGAAUGUAGGGAAUGUGGGAGAACCUUUAGCCAGAGUUCUUCUCUCAUAGUGCAUUAUAGAUUUCAUACUGGAGAGAAACCUUACAAAUGUAAUAAAUGUGGGAGAGCCUUCAGCCAGAGUUCAUCUCUGACACAACAUUAUAGAUUUCAUACUGGAGAGAAACCUUACAAGUGUAAUGAAUGUGGAAGGGCCUUUGCUCACAUUGCAUCCCUUAUUAAGCAUCAGAAAAGUCAUGCUGAAAAAAAAGUCCUAUGAAUUCCGCAAAAGUAGAAGAGCUAUAUUUCAGCUGGAAUACACACACACACAUAUCACCAAACCUCAGAGAAUUCAUGUUGGAGAGAGAUACUAAAAGUGUAAUGUACAUGGGAAGACCUUUGGUCAGAGGGCACAUCUUGUUCAACAUCAGAUGGUACAUAAUAAAGAGUAGCCCUAUAGAUUUCAAGAGAGAAGGUGGGCUUUCAGCCACAUCCCUCUCUCUCACUAAGCACUGGAGAAUACAUACUAGUGAGAAAGCAUGUGAAUGUAAUGACUGUGGGAAAGCUUCAGUCAGAAAAUGUAUGCCAUUCAACAUCAAAGAAUUUGCACUGGGGAGGAGGCUUAUCAGUACUGAGUAUAGUAAGCCUUCAGUCACAUAUGGUUCCUUAAAAAAUCUGGAUAUAUGGAGAGAAAUUCUGCAAGUAUGUAAGUCAAGAAUGCAUACUAGAGAGAAGCUCUGUAAAAGCAGGAAAUGGGGGAAGGCCUUCCGUCAGAGCUCAUUCCUUAUCAGGCUUCAGAAAAUUCAUACAUGAGAAAAGCCCUAUAAAGUGUUUCUCACCUGUGUGUGAGAAAGCCUUCAGCCAAAUCUCAUUGCUUUAUAAACCUCAGAGAACUUUCCCUGCUAGUUAGAAAUUUAGCAAUGUAAUGCAUGUGGGAAAGCCUUUGGUGGAUGUUCCACCCCUUUGGCACUAGAAAAUUUGUGCUAGAGCAACUCUCUGAAUUCAGUUAAACUGGGAAAACCAACUAGUAUACCUUAAUUCUUAACCUCCAAGAGAAACCCUGGGAAGUUAAUGAGGCUUAAGGAGGAAGCUUCCUUUCAGACUUGAGAUUCAUAAAACUAGAGCUGAUAGGAAGCUGAGAAAUCACCUUAGAUGGUGAUUUUCUACCUGGUGGAGCCAUUUGUAUAACUGCCCUUAUGCACUGCCUGCCAUCUCAUUGCUGAUGGGGCACAGUAUUACUUGUGAGGAGGAUGGAGGCUGAGAAAGGCAGAGAGCCACCAGUGAUGUAGCUCAAUCAUAUUUUAGAGCUAAGGAAACUGAUGUUCAGAAAGUGCCAUGUCCUGGGCCACAGAUCCUUUGGUUUAUAGCUGCAGUUUGAGAAUUGAGAGACUGAAGGCUUUGCUUGUUCAGUACACACAUGCAUUUGUUUUUCUGUAAUACAUGUUACUUUUCUAUGGAGUGAUCUAUGUUUGAGCUAAAUGCAAUUUUAUUUAUGUCUUUAUGUUGCUGAAUUUGGACAUUUUAAAACAAUAUUUUUUUAGAGAUGAGGUCUUGCUGUGUUGUCCAGGCUGUAUCCGGACUCCUAGGCUGGAGGGAUCUUCCCACCUCAGCUUCCUGAGUAGCUGAAACUACAGGUGUGUGCCACUGUACCAGCUGAGUUUAGAAUUUUUGAAAUGAAACAGUGUUUAAACAUAAAAAUCACUAAAAUAUAAUGAAAUAAGGCAGGCACCAGGAUCAUAUUUUUUUUUUUAAGUAAAUGUAUUUCAUGUUAACAUGAAGUUACAAGCAACCAGGUCAAACUGUUUGACUUUGUCAGUAGAGUCCCUCCUGUGGUUAUGUCCCACACACAAGAGGUGUGUUAAACACACCCACCCCAUGCUCAUUCAGUGAGAGCACCCCAACCCUUUCCCCCUUGCCUCCUCCCUAUCCCUCCCCCCAACGAUAUUGAAAUAAGUUUUUCUCCUAUGUGGGCAUGUAUCAGGAUCAUAUUACUAUAUGAUUCCAUUGUAGUAACUGUCCAAAAAGGCAGAUCUUCGGAGACAAAGUAGACAUUAGUGGUGGCCUGGUAGUGGCAACUGAGAGCAACUACAAAUGUUAUGGGGAAUCAUUAUGGGAUGAUGGAAAUGUUCUAAAACUGGUAAUGAGUAAACAAUUUGGUAAAUAUACUAAAAAUUAUUGAAUUGUAUACUUAAAGUGGGUGAAUUUGAUGGUAUAUAAAUUAUACCUAAUAAAAUAAUUUUUAAAAAAUCAAAAUACAGCCAUACCAGCUUUUGUGGCACUAAUUUUCUUAUCUUCUCUAUUACGUCAAGCCAUCUGUGUAUCUUUGCUAUUACUUUUCAUUUUCUGUAACAAUUAUCCCUAAAUUUUUUGGGUCUAAGAACCUUGUUAGGCUCUUCUUUAAGUCCAUACCAUGUUGGCUUUUCAUCUUAGGUGAAGAAACCAAGACCAGGAGCUGGUAUAGACUGGAGGAGUCUUGCCUAAUAAGGAUUAGCUUGUAGUAGGACAGUUCUUCAAACAUUCAAAGUUCAGAUGAGAAAGUUGAGCCAAGAAUUUAGGGAACCAGCUCAAAGUGGGUCUAUGCGAGUGGGUUCUCAACCUUCCUAAUGCCGCAACCCUUUAAUACAGUUCCUCAUGUUGUGGUGACCCCCAACCAUAAAAUUAUUUUCAUUGCUACUAGUACCACAACAUGAGGAACUGUAUUAAAGGGUCACGACAUUAGGAAGGUUGAGAACCACUGGAUGCAAACAGACUGGUCUAAGAGUCCAUCAGUUUAGAUAAGGCAGCAGGAUAUACAGGAAACAUCUGGAUCUGGAGGAACCUUUACUGAAGUCAGAAUGCCAGUCUUAGAGCCCAAAACUCAUUCAGAAAUUUAUUCCUAGAGAGCCAAGGUUCACAGGAUCAGAAAUAGCAAUUUUUUUUUUGCAGUUUCUGGCCGGGGCUGGGUUUGAACCUGCCACUUCCAAGAUAUGGGGCCGGUGCCCUACUCCUUUGAGCCACAGGUGCUGCCCAGAAAUAGCAAGUAUUUUAUGCUAGUAAUAGCUUUGUUUGUUCCAUCUCUCCUUUUUUUUCCAGUGCUUUUCUGACACCCAUCCAAGUCAUUUUAUACCUGGAUGCUUGCCACAAUUUUGUCACUGGACCUUGAACAGAAUCUGUCCUUUCCUCUUUUGUAACCCUGACAUGGUAACCAAUAUGAUCAGCUCGAAUCCAUUGUCCCUGCCCCCAGAUCCUUGUCACUGCUUGUAAGAUAAAUCCCCACACCUCUGUUUGGCAUUUAAGGCUAUCUUCAAUCUGCCUCAACCUCCUGCUGCUCUGGAUAAGAGCCUCUAUCACAGAUGAACUAGCUGUCUUGACAUCCUCAGGCAUACCUUUGUGCAUCCAAGGCUGCAAACUUUUAGCUCCAUCAGCUUGAGAGGCCUUCUCCACCUACCUUCUCCACUUGGCCUACACAAUCAGUCAGAACCCUGUGCAAUGCCCCCUCCUUGGGGAAUUGUUUCCUUGAACAUUGAUGUGAAGUUGUAUUUUACUUAUUUGCAAUUGUAAAAGCAUUUUUGAUUGCAAAAGUUAUUAAAAAUUGAGGAUAUAUGGAUUUAUGAUAAUUCUUAUCACU